AUGCCGGCAAGAGGAGGCCCAAACGGACCCACGACCUUGGAACAGCUGUUAGCACUAUUUCAGAAGGCGAGCUUUUUCGUUAGGCAAGACGAGGACAUGGCGCAGCGCGUAGUACUAAAGUUGGCCGAAGAAGGCGGGCUGCAGCGCAUUGAGCAGCUGGCAGAUGCUGUUCCGACGGAGGUGACGUCGUUGUCAGACAGUUAUUCAUUAUUCGAGCGUGGAGUUAUGCCGCUGCAACGGGUGUUUACCGACGCGUAUGUGUCAGAGUCACUUUUGUUGGAAAGGAGCGUGGCAACAGUUUUCAACUUUAUGUACGGAUUUUCGGGCGUGCGCGGAAUGAAGUGGGUGGAGUUCACAACCACUGUCUUGGAGAGGACCCGAAGCGGCGAGAUUGAAACGCUCCAAAAACAGAUUCCGUUGGUUGAGCGAAUUGAGCAAAUUCGGUUGUCGAUACAUUUUUUUGAGCGGAUGGUCAUGCUCAAUUCGGACGCGAAGGUUCAGGUACGGCUGGCCAGAGUCACGGAGAGACUGCAGGCCGUGCUCAAGGGAGUCUAUACUCCGGAGCUUUCCUGGCUUUUGCAAAAAACGCGGUCAUGUAUGGAGCGGGUUCUAGAUCUGUUCGAGGUGGGUAACGACCUGCCGUCCCAGUUUCAAGUCAUUGCUACUGCCAGAACUCAAGACCCCGACUCUGAAGUCGACGGCUCCGAAGACGCCACUGCCUCCAACGACAGUGGUGGCGGAAACUCCAGUGGCGAUGAUGCCGUCGUGAGCCAGGAAAGGCCGCGAGGGGCUUACAGAAGAAAGGAAGCCCCAGGGGGUCGGCACGAUAACGAUCAUGCCGACAUAAGCCGAAUCAUGGUCCUUCCCACUUACGCGGAAGUCCAGUGCAUGCGUGCUCCGUAUUUGCCUCCCGUGAACCCGAGGAAUUGGCAUUUGUCAGGUCUCGCAGGUUUGCUUGACCGGCAGUUUCGACUGCUACGAGCAGACACAGUUGGUCAACUGAUUGGAGCGGUCAGUUCUGAGUUGCACGAAGGCGACGCGAAGGAAACCGGGAAGGGCAAGCAGGGAGGCACACGCGUGUAUCGAGACUUGCGAGUAACACGGUUGAACAUUGAGCCAGUGCGCGGGUUGGAAAUCACCGUAGAAUUUCCGCAGCCGGAGGACCAGCGGCUUUUCUCAUGGAAACCGGCGGAGUGGUGGCGAGUUACGAGACGCCUUCAACUCGGGUCUCUCGUAUGUCUCCUGGGAUCGUGUGGCAUUCUGGUAUUCUGUACCGUCGUCGAGAAACCGGCCAAGAAGGGAAAUAGGUCGCCAACGCUGUUGGAAAUGCUUUCGGAUGACCCACACACGGCUAAGGUUUUGCUGCAUGUGGUGGAAAUGACGGGUGAGAACGUGGCAUGUGUAUUCGACGCUUACCGGCGGCAGCAUAUGAAAUCCGAUUUGCGAUUGGUUGAGUUUCCUGGAGUCGUCUUGGAGUCUUUCCGGUCUACACUGGAGGCCCUGAAAAGCAUGGCGCGAAGCAUGACCAUGCCUUUUGCGCAAUUCCUAGCACCGGAAGAUCCAGCCCGAGCACUACAGGUCCCACCUCCGACGUAUAGUCUGGCGCCGGACUUUGCCUUUGACCUCAGCUGCCUGAAGAAGCGGGACGGAGACUUUUCUAGUCGGACAGUGACGGAAGGUCCUUUGUUGAAAGUGGGCGAGACAUUUGAUGUAGCGGAAUUGGAAGAGGUCACGACCUUGGACCAUGGCCAGGCGGUCGCCCUGAUAAAUGCGUUACAAAGAUCCAUUGCCCUCAUACAAGGACCACCCGGUACUGGCAAAAGCUUCACAGGUGUUUCGUUGAUCAAGGUGCUGCUGGCGAAUAAGCAAAAAUGCGAUCUAGGACCGAUCGUGUGUGUGUGCUAUACUAACCAUGCCUUAGAUCAGUUAUUGGAAGAUCUUAUUGGCAAAGAAAUAACCAAAUCGGUCAUUCGUAUUGGAGGCGGUUGCAAAUCGGAGGUCAUAGACUCCCAAUACCGAUAUUUCGAUCAAGUGCACCAGUUUAUGGAAACGCGGGGUGAAAGAGAUGCGCUCUAUCGCGCCCGAAAGAAGUUGGCAGGCCGAGCGAAGGAGCUCAAGCAAUGCAUGAGCAGCAUGUCCUGUUGCGAUCGACUGGAAGACUAUUUAAGCGAGUAUCACCCCCGUCAUUACGAUCAGCUCUUUAGUCUGCAGCAGUCGGAAGUAGAGCAGUCAGCGGUAGAGGGUUUGCAACAAGUGCGAGAAUGGCUAUAUGGUAUGUUUGAGGGACGUGUGAGCGAAAUGGUGGACCCGGAAAUAGACUCGGAGCGGCCAGUCAAAGACCUGUUGGAGGCGGAUCUGUGGACACUGACAGCUGCCGAACGGUCGCGUUUGCUCGACUACUGGUUUGAGAUGCUGGACAAAGAUGCUUGCAACAGCAUUACAGGCGUCCUUUUUGAUUACGUGGAGGACAGGGAAGACUUUUAUCGCGUUCGCGAUGAGAAGGGGCUACGUCUGCUGCAGGCUUCUGACGUGGUCGGGUUGACUACCACCGGGCUGACUCGGAAUCUGGAGACGCUGCGACGUUUACGGGCUAAAGUUUUGUUGUGUGAAGAAGCUGGCGAAGUAUUGGAGGCUCACCUGUUGACCUCACUGUUGCCCUCUGUUGAGCAUGUCAUCUUGAUCGGGGACCACCAGCAGCUACGGCCGCAUAGCCAGAACUACGACUUGAGCGUUGAAAGCUGGCAAGGCGCCCAGUACUCCUUCGAUGUGUCUUUAUUUGAGAGACUGGUCUCGCCCAGACCCGGGACGGGUAUGCGAAUUCCCUACGACACGCUCGCCACACAGAGGAGGAUGCAUCCGAGCAUCUCCCGACUAAUCUCUUCCACCAUUUAUCCUGACCUGCUCGAUGCACCCUCGGUCUCGGUUUAUCCGCCGGUAGUGGGAAUGCGGAAGCGCCUGUUCUGGUUCGAUCACCGGGAACCAGAAGCCGCGGCAGACGCGUCUCCUCACGGAAGCCGCUUCAAUGACUUCGAGGUACAAAUGGCGGUGGGACUGGUUAAGCACCUAGUGCGACAAGGAGUCUAUGGCAGCAAGCAGAUAGCGGUGUUGACCCCAUACUUAGGCCAGUUGAUCAAGCUCAAAAAAGCACUCGGCAGCCAUUUUGUGAUUGCUCUGGGCGAAGGCGACCAAGAUGAUCUACUCAGGGCCGGACUGGCGGCGGACGUGGACGUUACGCCUACAGCCACCGGCGAUACUGUUAUCGGCGACGCUGUCACGUUGGAGUCCACUGGGGAGAGACGGCAGGCGGUGCGUUCGUCGCUAUUGAGUUCCUUGCGUAUUGCUACUGUGGACAACUUCCAGGGUGAGGAGGCGGAUGUGGUCAUAAUUUCAGUGGUGCGUAGUAACGAGGAGCGUAGUUGCGGUUUCCUUAAGAGCGCGAACCGUAUCAACGUGUUGCUGUCUCGAGCUCGACAUGGAAUGUACAUUUUGGGUAACUCGGCGACGGCCCGAACGGUGCCGAUGUGGGCGCAAAUAAUUCGUUUGUUGUCGCAAGACGAUUGCAUCGGACCCGCCCUGCCGCUCGCGUGUGUGAAUCACCCAGACAUCUACUUGGAGGUUGCCCGGCCGAACGACUUUAUCAUGCACGCGCCAGAGGGCGGAUGCAGUCAACAGUGCCCCAAACCGCUUGGCUGCGGUCACAAGUGUUCAAACAAGUGUCACCCCGACUGGGCUCACGCACUCGUCCCCUGUCUCGUACCCUGUUCCGCCGCGCCAUUCGACUGCGGCCACCCCUGCCCAAAACGCUGCGGACAACCCUGUCCCGACCGCUGUGAAAUACUGCUAAACGUGGAUAUCACCCUCCAGGACUGCGGACACCGACUAACCAAAAUCGCUUGCUGGGAGCACCGUCAGUUCUUCGCCACCCCGACCGCCCCAUUGGGCUCGACCACCCUGGGCACCACCGCCCUGGGCACCACCACUGCGUUGUACAAGUGCAGAGAGCGAGUUGCACACAAGUUUGUGUUCUGCGGUCACGAGCAAGAGGUUGAGUGCUGGAGGGCCGCGCCGGGCGGUGCUGAGUGCGCGCAUAUGUGCGGUCAGUUGUUACCCUGUGGGCACUCUUGUGCGGAACGGUGUAGCGACUGCACCGUGAGCGGCUGUGUGCCCGGUCUUUGUUCGGAGCUGUGCGGCCGCGCGUACGACGAUUGUUCACACACGUGUGCGGCGCUGUGCCACGGCGAUAUCGACUGUGCGCCCUGCGGUGCCCCGUGCGUCCGCGGCUGCACGCAUGGUCCAUGUCGUGCACUCUGCUCGCAACCGUGCACGCCCUGCACCAAACCUUGUAUUGCCCACUGUGUGCACUCUUCCUGCUCCAUGCCCUGCAGUGCCCCCUGCGACCGGCCUCUUUGCAACACGCGAUGUGAAAAGCCGCUCGCCUGCGGUCAUCGGUGUCCCUCCGUCUGCGGCGAGCCGUGUCCCGAACCCAAGUACUGCCAGGAGUGCGCCACCGAAGAGGUCAAGGCCACGCCGGUCGCAAACACGGAACUAUACUUGGGCGACCCACGCUGGGACGAUGGGGACUGUGGCUUGUUCGACUGGCCAUACGCUCCCCGGCACGACGAGGCCACCGCCAAGGCCGCCCGGGGCGACGAGGACCAGGCUACGCGCGCAGACCACGAGACGGCCCGGGACGAGGAGGACCAGGCUACACGCGCUGACGACGACCAGACGGCUCAAGAGGACGCGGACCAAGACAAGCGAACGGACGAAGACAAGGGCACCGCCGGCCUUGACCCGCUCAGUCCGGAGGCUGGUGCGAAGGAGGCUGAGGAGUGGUGGGACUCGGAUGGGGUGCUGUGGCAGACGUACAGGCGAGUUCGGUUGUGGGAAUCGCCGUGCAUAUUCCUGCCGUGCGGUCACUUCUUUUCUGUCGCGCACUUGGAUCUCGAAGUGGCUGCGCAGUUAGCUUCCGACGGUGGACCGGACUCCGGCGGCCAGAGUGGCGAGUUUCCACCGACCACCGGGGGCGAGGGGGUGCUGAAUUCGACUCUGCCUCGUUCGGUCGAGCCGAUCUCGCCUUUUUCGGUUGCUUGUGUGGCUGUGUGUCCGUAUUGUCGAGGGUCGCUGCGUACUGUGGCUCGGUACGGGCGGGUGGUGCGCCGGGCACUGGUGGACGCGUCAGUACGACGAUUGUUGUUGCAGACGACGCGGUGGCUGCUGACCAUGGCCAAGCAGUUGCACUCGGAGCCGCGGCCUCUGGGCGAGUCGCUGUGCGACACGCAGGAGGUUGUCGCUCGCGCGAUCCGGUUCGAUACCCUGGAAUUGCGCGGCAACCGGCAGAGCCAAGCGAAUCAACUGCAUAGGGUCCUUGCGAAGCAUAAGCCCGACGACUGGCGGCAGAUACGCCGACGCAGACUCCUCAUCAAGGAGGCAAUUAGACAGAUCGAGAGAGUGGAGGCGCCCUUCCUGCUCCUGCAGACGCGCAUUCGACAGCGGCGAAGGCACAGUCGACAGCACCCAAACCCCGCGCCCCAAAAUGCGGACGUUACGACCUCUGAAAAUGCGGACGUUACGACCUCUGAAAAUGCGGACGUUACGACCGCUGAAAAUGCGGACGUUACGACCGCUGAAAAUGCGGACGAACACUCGGACUAUGGGUUUGACUCGGAUUUGGUGUACUCGUCGCAGGCUCUGAAGGGACAUUUAUUGCUGAUGCAGGAGGAUACGGCGCUGCUUCUGGAGUUUACUAGCGCUUGCUAUCUGGCGGGCAAAGAAAUAGUCGUGGACCUGACGGAGAACAGGGCCGAGUGCGCUACACUGGUGGCGGCCGCCGAGCGGGUUGGAUUCGUGGAAGUGCAAGUCGAGGGCUUGGUCUGUUUGGCGCAGUUGUGUGCAUCCGAGUUACGGGCCAGCUCCGAUGGAGACACGCUGACCACUCAGGCUCUUGACGCAUUGGAUAAGGCCGAGCGACUUUGCCACGCUGUGCCCUUUGUGGCGCUGGGCCUCGUGGACGGGGUCAUGUCGACCAGAGCUGCGGUCCGCCAACGCAGCUUUUGCCCUAGGCUCAACUUGAGCCGUAGCAUCGAACGGCUCCAAACACGUCUGGACGCCAUGCAGGGAAACUAUCUCUGGUACUGCUGCGCAAACGGACACCCAUUCGCCCCGACCGCCGUCUUUGACCGCUGCUUCGAGUGCGGCGCCGUCCGCUGUUUCGUAGGUACCAAUGGGCCUAUCACAGAUGAUUCCAUCCUGUAUCUGGACUGCGCAAAUUACCAAAACUUUAUCGAAGAUGUCAAAAUCCCCGAAGACAAUGAAGAAGAAUCCUUAUUCGUCCUCGUGGAUUCGGCCAUGAGGUUAGAUGUGAUAUCACCCAGUGCAGUUUUCGGGUCCCAAAACUGCGUACGACUGCUCGACCACCUGCGGGGUCAGGAGUGGUAUAAGGAUCAAAUGAACGUUUACCAUGAAGCCGAGCGAGCGGCUGAGCGAGAAGCCAUACGUCUUUUCGACCACUUGUCAUUGGAAAUUCGAACAGCCUUGUGCCACAUGUUCCAGAAAGAGACACUUGAAUCUCCCGAGUUAUACGUGCACCAGGCUAGGGCAAUUGAUUCGUUGUUGGAUGGACAUGAUUUAAGUCUUAGCACAAGCACUGCUAGCGGGAAAAGCCUAGUGUUUAUAGCUCAUGGCAUUGACAGACUAGUGAAAAUCCCAGGAAGUACGCUGCUGGCGAUUUAUCCUACAAAGGCGUUGGCUCAGAAUCAACUGCUCAAAUGGCAGGAGAUGGUUGAGGAAGUGAAGAGGGUGAAUUCUGUUCAUACAAUCCCGUGUGGAGUAAUUGAUGGUGAUGUCGAGUUUGCCAGGAGGCAUGACCUGGUCUUGCAUAAUCGAAUAAUUCUGACUAACUUUGAUUUCCUUCACAAAACAAUGGCCAUGUGGAAACGACUCGAUUUCAUUCGCCGACUCGUGUUCAUUGUAGUGGAUGAAGCACACGUGUGCAGGGGAGUGUUCGGCGCCCAUGCAGCGCUUACCUUGAGAAGGGUGCUACUGCUCAAUAAAUACUUAACUGCUCAACAUACUCGAGAUGUAGUGAGGAAACGACGCCGUAUUUUGGUUCCUGACACAACCCAAUUGUCUGUUCUCCGGACAGAUACAGAAGGGCAGCGAGCCAGUGAUGAGGGCCAGCCACCCAAUGAUCAAGACCAGCAAGCGAGCGACCGGGAAGCGGGCGGUCAACAACCCAAGGUUGACGAAGAACAUCAACAGUCGCGGAAAGUCCAGUUGAUGACUGCUUCAGCUACGUUAGGUAACCCUGAGCGACAUUUUGAGCUUCUAACAGGGCGCCAGUGUGUGUCCAUUACUCAUGAUGGCGCCCCGAGCGGGGAGAAGUUCUACGUUCUUUGGGACCCUUCUGUGGUGCAGCAUCACGUCGAUGAAGCCCCCCAUGGCAAUGCCACUAGUGUGUCGAGGAAGCUCCCCAUUACGAUAUCUCCAAAGGUUGCGUCUACGUUACUCACGCCAAAGCGGUCGUCAACCAAGUCCGAUCUCUCCACUCAUCCCUUCCCUGAGGUUCUGCCGAAACGGGUUGUGUCGGCGCCCGGUCUGUCCCUUGUUGGUGCGUCCAUUACGGAGGAUGCCGUAGUAGGAACGUCGAAUCUAAUGUCAUUUUCGGAGACCUUUUCGGCCGGUGUGGUCGAGAGGAAGGAGUCUGCAAUUCAGGAUUCGAUUAGGUUGUUCUGCUACUUUGUGGACCAGAAUGUGCGGUCUUUUUUGUUCUGUAAUAGCCGGAGUCUGGUGGAGAUUAUAUACAACGAGGUUACGAAGAAGCUGCCUUUCAAUAACCGUGUAGUCAACUACCGUGGUGGUUAUACAAAGGAGUCCCGGCGUGAGCUGGAAUCGAGAAUGUUCAAGAAUGAGGUGAUCGGGGUUAUUACGACGAACGCAUUGGAGUUGGGUAUUGACCUGGGGCUACUGGAUGUGGUCAUAACGCUGGGAUUUGAAGGUAGCGUGAGUAGCGUUAAACAACGCCUUGGCCGUGCUGGCCGUGCCGACAAUCGCGCGAGCAUCGGCUUCCUGGUCGCCUUCGACUCGCCGGUCGAGCGUUACGUCGUCAAGGUGCUCAAAAAUGACUUCUGGCGCAAGCCGCCUGAACCCGUAGGACUCAAUCCCGGAAACGUCAUCUUGCUGAAACAACACCUCUUGUGUGCACUCAAGGAAAUCAACACGCCAAUCAGCACCAAGGUACUCACCGCCGUUUUUGGCCCACCAGUAUUGGGCGCCAUUCAGGUCGCAGAGAACACGGGAGAGAUAAGACAAGUCGCGCACGGAUAUUACAAGUUCGCCGUGACCAGUAGAGCGUUGAUAAUGGCCAAAACGAGUGGAGGAGUUCGAGCGGACCACGAGGCGAAGGCAUUGGACUUGGAUAGUCUGUGUCGCGGCGGCGGAGUGCCGGUGACAACGGUGGAGACAGUGCUGGGGACGGACUUGGAGGAGCUGGACAUUGAGAGUAUGUUUCCGUUUCUUUCGCGGAAACGACGAGCGGGGGAGGAGCCGGAGCCGGACCGUCCGACGCUAGCGGAUUUGUAUCAAAUCGCGGAGCGCUCGGAGGCGAAGUUGCAUCACGUGGAAAAGCAGGAGGAGGGCGUGUGUGUGUUCGCAGAGGAGUUGCUAGGUCAAUCUGCACAGGCCGCCACGGCCUUCAAAGACCCCCACCAGCUAGUGGACCUUCGCGCCACAGCCAUCCCGAACGUGGUGGUCUACGUCGUGGGCAAAAUCCAGGGCGGAGGAGGCGGCUACUUGGCGGGAGACUGGCGACUGGAAGACCGCCGUUUGGACGAAUCCGACCAGCGACUGUUUGCAGACGUGGUCAAGGGUGCCACACCAAUCGACGAAGUCGAGAUGGUCAACGCCUUCAUGACGCUCUUCCCCGGCGCCGUUUACCCUCACCGUGGCGUCAAAUACGUGGUCAAGGAAUUCAACCCCACUCGCCAGUACGCCGUCAUUCAGAAGCCCCGCGAAAUCGUCCGUCACUACACCAAGGCCGGAGACUCCACCCACUGGGACGUCAUCAGCGUCAGCCACCACUACCAAGUCAGCCUCCGCCCCCACCCAGAGACGUCCCCUGUGAGAAAGACUUCGGAAAGGUUUUCUCCGCUGGGAGAGACUCCACUGGGAAGGGCGUUUGGCGGUGAAACUUUAUCUGGUGUUUGUGACGUCUUUUGCGGGGAUGUGCGGGUACGAGUGACUGUGCCACACUACUACCGCGUAUACGUGGGUUCGGGGGGGCGGCGGGUGGAAAAGGAGCCGUUGGCGAUUCCAGAUCUAGCGUUCGUGACACGUGGGUUAGCGUGGCGAUUAACGGACGUCGUGUGGAAAAGGUUUGGUGCCGUGCGAGGAUUGGCGGCUGCCCGGUUGCCUUCGCACUUGCAUGAGACGUACGUACCAACGGUGGCGGUGCACGGGUUGUCGCACCUGUUGCUCAAGGCGCUCGCGGCCACCGUCUGGUGCGAUGUGAAGGAAAUCAACUGCAACUGCACAGGUGCUUACGCCGUACUGCCUGGCACACACUUUCCACGCGCCUUUGUCUACGAACGAGCCUCCGGCCUCAGUCUCGGCAUCGUCGAUGCCGUCACUCAAGACCUAGCUCAAUGCAUGCUAUAUCAGUGCUACUCCUGCCUCCUCGCCUGCCCCUGCGCCACCGCCGACCGCACCGACGGCUGCCCUGAGUGCGUCCUAUUGCCCACCUGCAGCGAAAAAAACGACCUCAUCAGCCAUACAGCCACCAAACUUCUCCUCCAGUGCGCCCUGCCUAGCACACUCUUCCAGGAGGCCCAGCCCCCCGCCAGCACUCUCUGA